AUGGAAAGCAAAGGUGGCUAUUUGGCAGAAGAUGUGCUGAUUGAGAUACUGUCAAGAAUGUCUGUGAAAUCGCUCUUGCAAUUCAGGUGUGUCUGCAAAUUUUGGAAAAAUCUAAUAGAUAGUCCUGCUUUCAUUUCCAUUCAUUUACAACACAAUAACAACAAGGACAAUGCCCAUCUGGUGGUACACUAUUAUGAUGACAAUAGGGACUUGUGGGACAUCGUCUUGUUCCCGGACAAAAUGCUUACAGUACCCACCUACCACAAUAUGGACCUAUCCUUUUCCGCAUAUAAUCUGGUUGGUGGUCCUAUUAAUGGAAUUUUUUGCUUGUGUGACAAACGUGAGCGCAUUGGUCUGUGGAAUCCCGCAACUAGAGCAUUCAGGGCUCUGCCAUUGUGCCGCACAAAAUUGUUUCCUCGUGACUGGAUCCCUUGUCACUGCGGCUUUGGAUUCGGGUUAGAUCCCACAAGUGAUGAUUACAAGGUAGUUUGGAUUCGGAGGUUUGAUGAUGGGGAGCCCGCUAAAUGGGGCCCAUGGAUGGAUCCCAUACAUGUUGCUGUGUACACUUUAAGCACGGAUUCAUGGAAAGAUUUCAAGGGUGAUGCUCCUGAUACCUAUUGCCUGAAUUCUUUGAUAGAAUCUUGCUAUGACUCCUACUUGAAUGGUGUUUAUUACUGGUGGUCUACACAUGGAAAGCUGGUUUUGUUUGACAUGGGGAAAGAGGAGUUCAGAGAGAUUGAAGGGCCACCACUUAUUCACCAAGACUCAGCCUACGAGAUUCUUGCGUUGUACAGUGGCUCUAUAGCUCUGAUUUAUUCCCAUUCACAAGUGCCAUUAGAUUCCUGGGAAUCAGCUGAGCAGUCAUCGGUUGCCCUGUGGGUAUUGAUGGAGGAGGAGGGAAUGGGAUAUUGGAUCAAGCAAUUAAAUAUCGGUCCGCUUCAUGGAAUGAUGAAACCAGUUGGGGUGUGGAAGAAUGAUGAGGUCUUUGUUGAAACCACACCUGGCCACCUGCUCUUGUAUAAUCCUAAUACCCAACGUGUUCUUAAGGAUCUCCAAAUCUUAGGCCAUCGCACUCAUUCUUGUUGCCUUCACCUACUUAUCUACACCGAAAGCCUUCUUUCUGUCCAUGGGAAAGGUGAGCCAGGAGAAUAUAAAAAUCCAUCGGGUGUAAUUAAAUUACCCCGAUCCUUUUUCUAGCAACCACCAUAUUUAGGACCCACCAAAAAAAA